AACUAAACAUGUGUACUGCUCUCAAUUUGAGCUAUUGGGAAAAAUGACCGAUGACUAUUAUUCAUUUUGCAAGUAGCGAGGAAGCUUCCUCUUGUGUCGUGGCACCUAAAUGUGAUGACCUGUGCCUGUUUCCCAUGACCAAUCAGAGAGUUCGGAAUGGAUCCAAACAUCCCGUGGACGGUAGUAGUGCCCCUGGGAUGAAGACCGCUGACUUGUCACUUCAAUUUGCGAUUGAAAGGAAGCCUCCUCUUUUGAAUGUGCCUCGACACCUUAUCUAGUUAUCUUGCCAUCCGCACCUGCUAUUGCAUAAAACAGCCCACAACGACUUGAAGCUAUCUAUCCUUAUAGCUUGUUCAAGUCUGCUAGCUACCACCUCCGAGGGCUUCCAAUGGAUCCGGUGAGUAUUGCUGCGAUAGGGUGGGGCAUCUUGACUGCAGGUUGGCUUGUCUCUCCAAUCAUCUCCAAGCUCCUCAACAAAAGUUUGUCCUGCCUCGGCUCUCGCUCAUCAGAUAGGCUCAAGAAACUGGACAGCAAACUUUUGCGGUUGAAGCAUAUGGCUGAAAAAGUUGAGGCAAGUAGUAGUAGUCCUCAAUUCGCAAAACUAGAUAAUUGGACCAAGAAGCUCAAGUCUGCUUUUUAUGAUGUCGAAGAUAUUCUUGACGCCAUUGAUUAUCACCAUCUCAAAACUCGAGCUGUUCAUCGAUCUGCCAAACCAACAAAGCAGGCUUUCAAUGUUGAACCUUCCUCCAGACAGGAGUUGUCCAGCGCAAUAAAAAAGUUAGACGACCUAAUUACUGAGGGAUUGGAACUUCUUUCAUGGGAGAAGUCGCCAGCCAACAGUUUCGAAAUGACAAAUAGACCUACUAUAUACAAGACAGCUCCAACACCCCCACCUGCUGUGUUUGGCCGAGAUAACGAUGUCCAAAAAAUAAGAGGAAUGCUUCAUGAUACACCUGCCGCUGGUGAACCAGGGCCAACAGUAGUUGCUAUCCAUGUGGGGAAAGAAUUGAAAGAACACAAAAUUGUGGGGAAAGCAAUUGCUCAAAAGCUAAGAGGAUCACCUAUGGCAGCAAGACUGGUUGCAAUACAGCUAAGGGGAAAUCUAGAUAUUGAUCAUUGGAGAAGGACCCUGAACCGUGACUUGUUAAACGGUACUAUGGGAGCUAUAUGGUGGAGCUACCAACAACUUGAGGAGCAUGUCAGACAAUGUUUCAGAUAUUGUAUAAUGUUUCCCAGAAGAUAUCAGUUGAAGCGAGAAGAGCUUGUUCGCCUGUGGAUGGCAGAAGGGUUUUUGGAGACCGCCAGUGGAGCAGAUAAUGAUAUGGAAAUUAUUGGUCAUGACUGCUUUGAUGUUUUAUUGUCAUGCUCAUUUAUUCAACCAAAAGAACACAGUAGUUACAUGAGAUACUUCACAAUUCAUGAUCUGUUCCAUGACUUGUUGGAAGAUUGGAGGCCAGAUAUUAAUGUGAGUAGACAUGCUGGAAGUGACUAUUAUAGAAUAGAGGAGGGAAUUGUGAGUGAAAUUCCUGAACACAAUCAAGUUCGACAUCUCUUUAUUGAGUCCUACAAUGAAACUGUGUUGAAAGAGCAGAUUUUGAAGCUGGAGAACUUGCGAACUAUAUUUAUGUCUGCUAUGACUGAAAAAGAUUUGGAACUUGUGUUCAAGACUUUAAGGAAGCUGCGGGUGGUUCAUGUGUAUUAUAAAAAACAUAAAGGCAGCAAAAAGAUCCCAAAAUUUGGUGAUCUGAAACAUCUGCGCUAUCUUAGUCUUGGUCCCUAUGAUGAUGAUGAUGAUGGUGAUGUGACUCUGACUCUGCCAUACGAAUUUACCAAGCUUUACCAUUUGCAGAUAUUUUAUUGCACAUCUUCUUGGGUUCUUCAUCCGUCCUCCCGUGAGGAAAUGUGCAACCUUGUCAAUUUGCGUUACAUGUCCUUCCCUGAUGAGGAAAUGGGCAACCUUUUCGACAUACCUAACAUUGGGAGGUUGACUUUGCUCCGAACUCUGGAUACUUUCUCAGUUUGGAAAGCAAGUGGUUAUGAAAUACAACAGCUGGAGCACCUGGACAGCCUUCGUGACACCCUGAAAAUCGAGGGACUCCAAAAUGUUAGAAGCAAGGACGAAGCUCGACAGGCAAAACUAGCUAAAAAGGUACAUCUCGAUGGACUGAUACUGCAAUGGGAAAGUGAUAAUGAUAGCCCACCAGAGGAAAACAAGGAUGUCCGAAAGUCAAAGAAACGCCGUACGAUCAGCUGUUUGGGAGAUGGGCCGUCAAGAUCCAUCAACCAGAGUCCAGAUUCACAGAAGGAAGUCCUAGAGGAACUCUGCCCACCAUCCCAAAUAUCUCAGUUGACAAUCAAUAAAUACGAUGGAUCGUCGUAUCCAAGUUGGUUAUCGGGGGGCAAAUUACAGAACCUGCAAAUUCUCGAGUUCUUUAGAUGCAGUGCAUCUGGUCCUCCCAGUAAGAUUUGUACAUUGAAUAAUCUUAAAUUGCUUAUAAUUACGACCUGCAGUUGGAGCUCGUUGCCAGAGAACAUGGAGUGCCUAGCAUCGCUAGAGACAUUGGAGAUACGCUUUUGUGAAGAUAUGCUGUUACUACCAAGAUUACCUAUGUCCCUGAAGGAACUCGAAAUUUGUCAGUGGAAGGGAACAGACCCUUGCCCCGAGAUUUGGGAAUCCUUGGUUAAUUUGUGCAAGCUUAGACUUGAUUACGUUAGCUGGACCUCUUUACCUGAGAACAUGGAGCUGCUAACAUCCCUGAAGGAAUUGAGUAUCAGCAACUGCCUAAAUAUUCUGUCACUACCAAGAUUAUCUCUGUCCAUCAAGAAAGUUAAUCUUGAAGGUUGUGGUGAAACCCCUUUGGUUGGCGAAACUCUGCGUAACAUUCCAAUCUGGCCUGAGAACAUGGAGCAUCUAGCUUCGCUUGAGAGUUUGGUUAUUGGGAACUGCAAAAAUAUCCACCCACUACCAAAUUUGCCCAGAUCUCUCAAGAGAUUUGACCUUGACGGAAAAAAUCUUAUGCGGGAUAAUGCAGCCCUACUCCAGAUGGCCGACGCGCGUACAAGCUCAUGAGGAUCCAACAGCACAUGGCUUUAAUCUAAAAAACAGCACAUGACUGCGCUCGUGGCCAGCAGUCAGCAGAUGGGGCCGCUCGCUCGGCUUGGCUCCAGGCAUCGGCGGGACAAGCAAGGCGGACGCCCGAGGCUCAUAUCACCGCCGCGGCGCCGCGGCCUCCGAUCUGCCCUCCUUCUGCCGCGGCCGGUGUCGGCCUCGGGAUAUGGCUUCGACUGCGCCACCGACACCCUCGCUCCACUGUUUGAUAAGACUAGGCGUCCUGGUCAUAGUCGAGUCUGUUAGCUUCUUGUUUUUCUCAUCCUGUCGAGUCUGCACAUGGACAGAGAGUCUGUUUUACUCGUUCCUGUGCUGUUGUUGUUGCUCGACGCGCGCUCUGUUGGCGCGGGAGCGAGUUCGUCUUGCGCGGCGUGAUCCGGACUUGUGGGAUGGCACAAGGUGCAGUGGCCUCGAGGCCACGUUCUGUAACGCACUGUUAUUAUAUUCAGAAUACAGAGUCAGAAAACGCAGCGCUU